AUGAAUGACUUCCCCAUUGCCACCCAUGGACCAAGCACACUGGGUGUCCCAGCCCUCCCCACCCUCAGGGCCACAGUGUGCCUGGUGGCCCUGGUGGGGCUGAAGCCUGGCAGGGGCCUUGAGCAGAGACAGAGUCAGAACCCAGAAACUCAGUGGAACUGGGUUGCCCUGUACCCAGACCCCAGGCCUGCUGGUGCUAUCCAGCCUCUGCUUGGUUCCUUCCGGGACGGGGCAUCUCCACUGCCCACGGCAGCCCAGCAGCCUCUCAGCUCCUUCUCUGGGGUCCCAGCCAGGGGCCUGGUCACCAGGAGGAACUGCUCCAGCACAGAGAACACCUCAUGCAGCUGCAGCAAAGGCCACUUCUGUGACGCACAGGACGGGGACCACUGCAUCGUGUGCCGGCCCCACACCGUCUGCCAGCCUGGCCAGAGGGUGCUGGAAAGAGGCACCGAGAGCCAGGACACGGUGUGUCAGGACUGCCCACCAGGGACCUUCUCUCUCAACGGGACCCAGGAGGAAUGCCAGCCCUGGACCAGGUGCAAUGCUUUUCUUGAGACAGAAGCAGGACCUGGGACCAGUCGCACAGAUGUCACCUGCUCCUCCUGGAGGCAGGGCCUUUUAUGGAGCAGUCUGUUGGUCUUUACUGUUCUUUGCAUACUUGGCAUCAUAGUCUAUGCAUGUGUGACCAGAAGAAGGGCAUCCAGAGAGCAACACAGUUCAACACUGCCGUCACUCUGGACCAAAAGUUUCCCAUCUCAGCGACCAUCCACCAUUCUGUCGCUCCAAGGUCUUAGGGGGAGGUCCACAAAACCAACUAAACGUAUUGUCUCCCAUUCAUGGCCAGAGGAUUCACCCUGGUUGCAUUCUUCCUGCCCUGCUUAUUUUGACUACAGUUCAGAGGAUUUCAAUUCAGAGGAUAUAGAUGAUUUCCUGCCCAAAAAGCCACUGCCACUCCCUACCGACUCAGUAGCAGGAACCUUGACUCCGGGGAAUGAGGAGGAAGCCCAGGACAAGCUAUGUGAGACUUGAAGAGGCUCUGGGUUACAGGAUCAGUAGCUGCCUUGUCAUGGACACGUCUGUGUCCCCACUGAGAAGACUAAGGGUCAUUCAUUCAUUCAUACCCUCGUCCACUCCUCCACCCUGAUUGCCUUCUUCCUACUGUCCCUGUUGCCUAACCCCAGCUCCGGCUCUGCAGUGGAGCAGCCCAUGGGGGAGCAGGAACAGGAGCAAAGACAUGCACAAGGGGAAGGUCACACAGCAAGAACCCGAGUGUGGGUGUCACUUCAGCCCAGCCAUGUACCUGUGUCCUCUGAUCAGUGGCUCACUCUUAUCCCAAUUCUUUGAGAAUCCUGAGUCCUCAGUCUACUCCCAUGCUAGCUCUGGAGAAGAGGAGCUAUUAAAUUAAAAUUUAAUUCAAAUUAAACAGUAGAAUGACCCAGAGGGACUCAAAGCCCAUGGAGCAGAAGCCUGAGAAAGCAAAGUCUUCCUGACAAAUUUCCCCAGCUGAAGAAAAGACAGGAUGCACAGAUGAGGCCAUGGUCAUUGAGACCCUGCAGACCCUGUCAAAUGUCACCACCAUGACCGUGGAAGAGUCAGCACCUGUGUCCACAGGGAGGGACCCCAACUGCCAAUCAACGGGCUCCAGGACAGAUUUCUGAGACAUCUCAGCCGACGCCUCCUGAAAGCUGCCUCCACCUGGCUAGACCAAGGGCACCCCAGGCAGCUUGGUUGUACCUGUCCCAAGGCAGCUUUAGCUCCCACUAGGCAAGGGAGAGACUAGGACAGCACUAAGGAAGAAGCCAGAUGCCACUUGCCAUCCCCAUCAGGCAGAUGAGGGCCGAGAGCUGUGUCCUGUGCCCUGGUGCUGGCCAAGCUCCCCACAGGAGCUUGGGGCAGUGACAGCCCCUCUUGACUCCAGGAGUCCUGCUCUCCAACCCUCCCAGCAAGUUUGAAAUAGCUUUGGCACAAAGUCUCUGCCUUCCUGAAUCCUUCAGAGCCUCAGCUUGCUCAUCUGGAGGAUGGUAAACUUCAGAGGUGGGACUAGAUUUGCCAGGCUUCAGCAUGGCAUUACAUGGAUGUCACUUUUGAAAGGAUUGUCUGUGAUGGGCUUGAAUCUGCUCCACAAUCCCUCCUGCCCUUGAAGAGUAUGUUCCAGGGAGACGCUUUGAGAUGAAGUUGAUGGCCUGUUUCAUGUCAGACUUUCACAUGUUGACUGUUAGAGCCUGAAUCAGGUGGAAAUUGCUUUGGCAGGACAAGCUUGCCCCUCCCCCUUCAUUUUCAUAUUAAUAAUCUCCCAGUUUUCAUG